AUGCUCGUUCUGAACGAAACGGAGCGUGAUACUUUUGUAAGAAAAACUGCGGUGACAUUCGAUAAACAAAGGCUGCCGAACAUUGACUUUUUAAAAUCUAAUACGAAGAAGCUCAGUGCAUCAAACGUUGAAUUUUUGAAAUCUUUGGGCUUCAGAGUACGAAUUGAGACUCAUACGUAUAAUCCGUACGCCAACACGCUGCUUGGACACAGCGAUGAGAUACGAAUACCCAUACAGCAGCAGGAUUUGUAUACCUUACCGUGUCAGAGCUUUCUGUACGUCGAGGGUAAACUAACGACAAACAGAGCCAUUGAGGGCUCUAAUGUGGUAUUGGGGAAUAAUUGCGUGGCGUUCAUGUUCGAUGAGAUACGCUACGAACUUGACGGAGUGGAAACUGUUCGCAACAAAAAUGUUGGAAUGACUUUGACACUCAAAAACUAUACAUUGUUAACACUCGAUAGAGGCGUGACCCUGGGUAAUGCCAGUUGGGAUACAUAUAUUGAUAAUGUGGACGGAAACUUUAAUUUUUGCGUACCGCUCUCCAUGUUAGUGGGGUUUUGCGAGGAUUACAAACGCGUGGUGAUCAACGCUCGUCAUGAGCUGUUUCUAAUACGAUCGCGCAACGACAACAAUAGUCUACUGGGAGAUCCCGCGCUGGAGCCAAAGAUUGAGCUGCUCAAGAUACAGUGGCGAAUGCCGCAUGUGUUACUGAAUGAAGUCAAUGAGCUAUCGAUGCUACGAGCCUUGGAGAGCGGACGAUAUCUGAGCAUGACUUUCCGAUCGUGGGAUCUGUACGAGUUUCCUUUACUACAGAGCACCACCAAGCACUCAUGGACUGUCAAGGCCGCGACUCAGCUGGAGAAACCGCGAUACGUGAUCUUUGCAUUGCAGACUGGGCGAAAAAAUGUAAUGUCCCAAGACGUUACUAUAUUCGACGACUGCAAAUUAACCAACGUGAAACUGUAUCUAAACUCAGAAUGUUAUCCAUACGACGACUUGAAUUUGGAUUUUGAGAGGAACAAAUACGCCAUCCUGUACGACAUGUAUUCACGUUUUCGUAGGGCGUAUUAUGGAUGCGACUGCGCCAAGGCAUGUUUGACCACUACCAAUUUUCUUCUUCGCGGUCCUUUCGUGGUUAUCGAUUGUUUGCGACAGAACGAGUCUAUCAAGAGUGCUACCGUAGAUGUACGAUUAGAGUUUGACUGCAAAGAGAAUAUACCUGCGAAUACUACCGCCUACUGCCUCAUAAUGCACGAUCGCGUGGUCGAAUACAGUCCAUUGACCAACGUUGUGCGCAGAAUUAUGUAA